GCGUGCCGGCUCGGGGGGUGGCACUGGGGAGCACCUUGUUUUAAGAUACGCGCUAUAAAUACGGUGCCGGGGAUGGGAGCGCAGCCACGGGCGACGGCGGGCUGACGGGGUGGCGGUGACUUGCAUCGGAUCACGCAGGACUCUGCUUUCGAGCAGCCACCGAGCCCAGCGCAGCCCGCAGCGGAGGGCGGCCGGUGCCAGUAGCGAGGAGGUCGCCGCCGGCGGAGCCCCGCGGUCCGAGCAGAUCGGCUGAGCUCGCCCGCCACCCCGGCAUGAUGCAGAUCUGCGACUCGUACAGCCAGAAGUACUCCCUCUUCAACGCCAUGAACCGCUUCAUCGGCGCUGUGAACAACAUGGACCAGACGGUGAUGGUGCCCAGCCUGCUGCGGGAUGUGCCGCUGCUGCUGGAGGAGCUGGACGCGGCGGGCGCCGUCUGCCAGCAGCGGGAAGCCGCCCUGCCGCCCGACGACCCCGGCGCUUACUUUUCCCGCAGGGACAUGUACAGCCACUACAUGCUGCUCAAGUCCAUCCGCAAUGACAUCGAGUGGGGCGUGGUGCAGCCGCCGGCGGGCGAGGAGGCGGCCCGCAAGAAGGACAAGCUGGGCGGCGGGCCCGCCGAGGAGGACGAAGGGGAGGAGGACCUGGAGAAGCAGUUCCAUUAUCACCUCAGCGGACUCCACUCGGUUCUCUCCAAGCUCACCCGCAAGGCUAACGUCCUCACCAACAGAUACAAGCAGGAGAUCGGCUUCAGCAGCUGGGGGCAGUGAGCUCCAGGGCGGGGGGAGCGAGGGAAUGGGGAGUCCGACCCAGCGGGAGCGGCGCGUCCCCGCCCGGCCGUGCUGCGGCGGCGGCGCAGGGCUGCGCCCAGGGCUGAGGCUUCCCUACGCCCUCCCGGACAGCAGCCAGUUUUCUACCAACGCACAAGCGAGAGAGAUGUAAAUUAAUCAAUACUAGUUUAUUAAUUAUCUUUACCCCUUCCUGUUUUUUUUUACCGUAUGGUUUGGGGCGAGCGGUUGCUGUGCUUACCCGGGCGGGGAGGCUGAGCCCGGGCGUGUACGAGGUGGUGGCGUAGUUGGCAGAUAGGAGGCUCAACGCAAGCCAAUGAACAUAACAAAACUGGCAUAAAAACGCUUCUCUUACCCCGGGAGGAAACCCAGUGGGCUAACGAGCAUCCCUCUGUUGCGGGAUGGAUGGCAGGUCCCAUGGUUGUACAUGUGCUGGAGUUUAUUUAAAACUUUUUUACUCAGAUGUAGAGUAUAUUCUAAAAUAAAUGCAAAUGUAUUGACUAAAAGUGACUUAAACUUUUUGGUAUGAUUUAUGUUCUUUUAAUUAAAUGAUAUUUUUAACAU